AUGGGACACUAUGCAUCCAGAGCACUUCCACCUCCUCCUCCUCAAAAGAAGAGAGUACCCAUUAUGGUAUUCUCUUCAAGAUCCAGUGAGGAGGAGGAUGACAGGGUCCGAGCUCCCUCGCGUCGGGUGAAAGUUCCAGCACCAGCGAGGGUUGCCAAGAACAGUAGUAGACUCCACGCCUCCCAAGUUCCUCCACGUCAGCUCAGAGAAAAAGGCAAGCAGGUAAUGGAACAACUCAUGAAGAACUAUCCUGCUUGCCUGGACGUGGAGGACGACGUGGACUAUUCGCCAAUCGUCGAGCCCUUGUUCAGACAGGCUUCGCAGUUUGAACAAGUGGUCCUCAAUGCGACGACCUUGGCGGACUACUACAUCCAACGUGUCCCAUACACGGCUACUGUUCUUGCGCGUCAAGCCUUGGACCAGUUCAUUUUGCUCUUCCCAGAGGACCAGCGCAUGGAAAUGAAUAGGAAAGCGACGAUCUUUGAACCAUACUCGCUUUCCUAUGACCCAUCCGAACUCACCAGAGAGUUCGGACGCGUAUCGUGCUGA